UUUGCAACAUUUGAGCAUCACCAAAACAUUUGCAACAUUUGAGCACCUGUGGCCCAAAAUCAAUAAGAACAACAUCAUCAUCAACAAAGACAUAAUUUUCUGUAUUGAAAUAAUUAUCUUGAAGAUAUUCCAUAUCAAGGAUAGCUUGCCCCAUUUGAUCAAACACUAAUGCCAAAUUCAAAUUAUUAUCUUCGUAAACGAUUGCAAAUUUAAGGUUGUUCCGCAACGUCCCUUCGAUAAUCGCUUCACCGUUUUGCUUGUUUUUCGGAUAAUUGAAAGCGUUGUAAGUUCCGGGCCAGUCGAUAAAAACUCCAAAAAUUUUUUUGUUGGUCUCUUUGGUUUCGAACCAGGGCAACGUAGACCUCAGGAUUGGGGUAACCCUGGAGGAAAUAAGGGAGUUGAAGGAGUAAGACAGGAAGGAAGAGUUUAUUCAUUUUGUCUGAUUUAGGCGUGAUUUUCAUGUGGAAGUGCUGAGUCAGCGAUUGCAAUUGGUUGAGUGGUGCUUGUAAAAAAAAGACAAUUCAAAAUGAGAACAGGUACUUAAAUGUCUAAUAAUAUAAAUAAUUAAAGCAAUGAAACUGUAAAUAAUAGCAGUAUAGCAACAAGAUGACUUGCUAUGCUCUAUUAUAUUAUAUUUUACCAUUGUUUUUAGUUAUAGUGAUUUUGUUUUCUUUAAUGAAGACAAAUUAUUUUAUUUUUUUUAUUUUAAAUAAGCAGAGUUGGAGAUUUAAAAAAAACAAUUUUAAGUUUAAAUAAUAUUCGUUAAUGCCCUUUUGGCAAUUUACGCACCAAAUAAAGGUUUACCAAUUUCGAAAGAAAAAAAACGUGUAUUUUAUUUGAUAAGUAUCUAUUGAAAAAAAUAUUACCACAUGCAACAACAAUAUUUUAUUUAUAUUGCAAACAACAGAAAUGACAAAUUAAAUGAUGCGGUCAAAAUACAAAAAUUUACAAGCUUCCUUUUUAUUAUUGUGAAUAAAAGCCCUAUUAUAAUUGUUAUCCUGUACCUAUUUCAAAACUUUAUUUUUAGAUGUUAUCUUGGCUUAACUUUUUACUUCAAAUUUCUUAAUAGUUAGAGAUUUUUUUAUGAUUUGUCAUUAAGAGUUUUGUUUACUUCGCUCCUCUCUGUCAUUGCACUGGUAUCGGAUAAAGCGAUAACAAACUUGUAUGACCAAUCACGGAUUUCAUCAGGAAGUAGGUAACUUUUCCAAGUUAAAUACCUAUAUAAACCUUCUAGUUUUGAAAAUCGGGCAUAAAAAUGAAACUUUCAUUCUUGCUCGUUUCUCUUUAUUUCUGGGCUUCGGCCCAAAGCCACGACAUCUACGUUCAUAUGAUGCCCUGGUUCGAGACCAAAGAAAGCAACGGUGGUACUUGGGGCAUCCAUUGGACCAUGGCCAACCGAAACCCCGACAAUAUCAUCGAUGGCAAACAAGAUAUCGCUUCCUUCUACCAUCCGGAAAUCGGGGCUUACGCUUCCGGAGACCCAACUGUCAUCGACUGGCAAAUGGGCUACAUGAAAACGGCUGGAAUUAAAGGAAUUUUCCUCGAUUGGCCUGGAACCACUCAAGCUAUGGACUAUCCGAAAAACAAGGAAAAUUGCGAAGCCAUUAUUGCUGGAACUGAGAGAGCCGGCUUGCAAUUUGCUGUCGUGUACGAAGACAAUAAUUUGAAUCUUGCGGGAGUCCCAGACAAAAUUGCUCAAGGUACCGCUGAUAUGGAGUAUCUCCAAAACAAUUAUUUCAGCAAAAGCAACUAUGUGAAAGUGAAUGGUGUUCCGUUAUUGUUGGAUUUUGGCCCUCAAGCGUUAUUUGACGCCAAUUGGGAUAGUAUUUUCACACCCUUGAACCCAAAACCCACAUUUUUAACACUCUGGAACCAGCACCAACAAGGGGGGAGUAUGGUAGCGGGGGAAUAUGCUUGGGUUUAUUCAAAUUUCCUCGAUGGACUUAACAACUGGUACAACUAUCAAGACGUUCCCCUCAAAGUCGGAGUUGCUUACCCCGGUUUUAAUUCGUUUUAUGAACAAGGAGGUUGGCCCGGUCCUGGAUUUACAAUUCCAUACGGAACAGAUACUUUUCACCAAACUUUUGAUUUGGCUUUGCAACAUACUGAUAUAAUACAGAUUUGUACAUGGAAUGAUUAUGGCGAAGGUACGGUUGUUGAACCCACUUUAGAGUAUGGAACACAAUUUUUGGAUAUUAUUCAACAAGCUUCUGGUACUAAAUACACUCGUGCUGACUUUGAAGAAAAUACUGAAAUUUUCUUAUUGAGAAAACAGCAUGCAAAUAAUGCUACGAUGCUUGCACAUCUCGAAGAAAGAUAUCGCAAACUUAUACACAAACACGACUAACUUUUUUUACUGUUAUUUCUAAGUUUUACAUUCUACAAUAAUUAUUUCAAAAUAAAAUAAGCAUGGCUUAAAACUCGUAUUUUU